AUGCAUCUAUUGGGGCACUUCAAAAAGUGCCCUAGUAGGUAUACACAUAUUGGGGCAUUUGAAAAGUGCCCAUAUAGUGUCCACGACGGCAAGCCCGUCAACGAGUCCCUCCUCAUCCUCCAGUACCUCGACGAGGCGUUCCCGGAGACCCCGUCUUUGCUCCCCGCCGACCCCCACGCGCGCGCGCACGCCAGGUUCUGGGCCGACUACAUCGACAAGAAGGUGUUCGAGUGCGGCACCAGGAUCUGGAAGCUCAAGGGCGAGCCAUUGAUGCAGGCGCGGGCGGAGAUGCUGGAGAUCUUGAAGACUCUGGAGGCGGAGCUCGGCGAGAAGGAGUUCUUCGGUGGAGAGCACGGGUUCAGGUUUGUCGACGCCGCGUUCGCGCCGGCAACGGCUUGGUUCUACACGUUCGAGAGUUACGGGGAGUUCAGCGUCGCAGAGGUGGCGCCAAGGCUAGCGGCGUGGGCGGCACGCUGUGGGGAGAGGGAGAGCGUUGCCAAGAGCCUCUACUCGCCGGAGAAGGUGUACGACUUCAUCGGCGGGCUCAGGAAGAAGUUGGGCAUCGAGUGAGUGAGAAGGUGCGAGGGAAGGAAUAAAAUUAUUGUUUUUAAUUUGAUGGUUCUUUUUUUACA